UGCAGACCCUGAUCGGAGAUUUAACUGAUCACUGGUCAGACAGUCGUUUAGGGAGACAGGGGCACACAGCAACCAGCAGGGCUGACGGACAGCUCUCUGAACCUAGACCACAUCUGAGAGGAAAACCGCAGGUUUUUCUGCAUGGACUUACAAAAGCAGGAUCUGAAGAUCUGAGGACUCACUGAGGGGAAGUGAAACUGUAACCACAGAAAUUAGCAGGAGAGGGACGCCAAGGGUCUGCAGACUUUAAGGAGGGGGAGAAAGGGAGGAGAGUUUGAGUGCUGAGGAACUGGUUCAAAUACUCCAGCUAGAAGCCCUCAAGAGUCUCAAAGGACUUCAAUCAUUCGGACACAGAAAAGACGUCUCAAAGGAAAUCUGGACUUUAGUCUUCUAUUGAACUGGACCCGUUUGGUUCUGCUUUAAAGCCUCUGUAGACUCCUCCGUUUGGUGUGUCUGGAUCUCUGUGACAGGUUACAUCUGACUUAGACACACACACACACACACACACACACACACACACACACACACACACACACACACACACACACACACACACACACACACUACAGUGCAGCUGGAGUUUGUGUUGCACAUUCAGGCACUGAGAGACUGAAGUGUGUGUGUGUGGUCUGAGGGACUCAACUGGUCAGGGGAGUCCAGGAAGCAUUCAGCUCUGCUGAGUACUCAGAGGAAGCCAGCAAAGCGGAGGGAUGAAGACGAGCUGGACUCUGUGCAGACUCACCUGCUUUGUGACUCUGGUGGUGGAGCUGAGCUGGAUCCACGUUGGGCUCAGCCUGCACCGAGAGGCUGGAAGCCGGGUUUUGAAGCAGUGGGAGAGGAAGGUGCGCUCGGCAUCCAGCCUGGACGAGCUGCUGAUGCUGGCUGAUUUUCCAGACUGGAAGUUGUGGAAGUGUCGGAUGAGGCUGCAGCAGCCGGAGACUCUCUCUUCUCCACCAUCAGCAGGCUCCCAUCGCUCCACGCGCUACGCCGCUGAGUCCUUCAGCCUGGAGAUCCUGAAAGCCAUAGAUGAGGAGUGGCAGAAGACUCAGUGCAUGCCGAGGGAAACCUGUGUGGACGUGGCCAAAGAGCUGGGCACUGAACCCUCCAUGUUCUUCAAGCCUCCGUGUGUGUCUGUCCACAGAUGUGGAGGCUGCUGUAAUCAGGAGGGCCUGACCUGCAGAAACACAACCCUCGAAUACGUGAAUAAAACUGUCCUCAGUGUGAUUCCCUUUAAGUUUGUCCCAGAGCCCGUGCUGAUUAAAGUAGUUAACCACACAGAGUGCCGGUGCAUGGAGCCGGCUAUAAUACGGCGUAAUGCUCAACCAGGCAGCAGCAGCAGCGGCUGCUCUCCGAUGAGCCAGCUGUCAGACGCAGAGGACUCCAGGAGACUCUGUGCCAGCGGCUUGAUUUGGGAUUGUUCAGCAGACAGAUGCAUCCCUUACCCGUCCAGUACACCAGAGUUUCCUCUCAGCUCUUGGAUGCCCGACUGUGAGAUCGACGUUGACCGCUGCGACUGUGUUCAACGAGCUGCAACGACUCCACAGCCGAGAUAUCGCUGUCAUCUCAACUCCUCCAUCUGUGCCCACAGACAUCAACAUUUCGAUCCGAACUCGUGCAGCUGCAGGUGGCCGAAGUAGAAAACCACCGUGGACAUAGAUCCAGACAACCUGCUCUCCGAGGACGAUGGGAUGUUUGGAGGCAGAGAACAAAGGCUCAUAAUUUAUUUACAGUCCUAUUUAUGCAGAUCACCUUCACUAAUCAGAUGAUAUUAACUCACAAUGUUACUGAUUGUUUUAAACGCAGACUAAAUGUGCCGAUCGAUUUGUAAAGUUUAUUGAUUUGUACAUUUGUUCUUUGUGCACUGAACAUGUAGUUUAUAUUAAAGAGUAUUUUUAUACAA